GCCGUCGCCCACCUGCGCUCUCUUUGGCCUCCUGGACUGCGCUGCUCUUCCCUCUGGGCUGCCUAGACGUCUCGCUAAGCUUCACUUUCUUGGAUACUUCCUAGACUCUCGCGUCUGCCCCUAUAUCCCCCUCCCGUGACUCCGCCUGCUCGCGUUCGAUGCUUGCAGCCCUCCAACCACCCCAACCAGCCCCGAUGACCGACUACGUGACUGCGGAGAGCCAGCCGGGACAGACGUUCAUUACUGAGGACAGGUUCUGCCCGGGCUGCAAGAAGUCGGUCGUGGAUGAAAACGGAGGUGUGGUUGUUGCUUUCGGACAAUCCUUCUUCCACGUCGACUGCUUCAAGUGCGCAAAAUGCGGGAACCAGGUGACGGCGGACACGAACCUCCUCCUGCUCUCGGACGGGUCGCCGAUCUGCGCGAACUGCUCGUACAGCUGCUCGGUCUGCCAGCAGCCGAUCCUCGACGAGGCGAUCAUGACCGGGGACGACUCGUACCACGCGCACUGCUUCAAGUGCAAGGUGUGCCAGAACCGGAUCGACGAGCUCGUGUUCGCCAAGACGCGCAAGGGCAUCUACUGCAUGAAUUGCCAUAACGAACGCGUCGCGAGGAGCAGGAGGCACCAGGCUAGCAAGCAGGAGCGGGCGGCCCAGCAGCAGGAGCAACAACCACAGAAACAGCAACAACAGGCGCCGCCGCCGCCGCCUUCUGGCACGUCCAGCGGGAGCGUGAAUGGUAGAGACUCCCGAGAAGGCCAGCAUGGUCGCCCUGCGAACACAGGCGUCGACGAACAAGGACGGCCGAACUCGCGAGCCACCUCUGGCGAGGGGUCGUCCCCUGACACGUCUCAGUACAAUGGAAGCCUCUCGCGGUCGAGCUCGUACCGCGUGCCCGGGUCGGUGGACAGCCACUCGUCCGGGCCCUCUUCAGCAGGUGCACGGCGGGGGUCGAUACUCACCAACCUCGUCGCUCCCGAGUCGCACCAUCGACAGCAGGAGCAGGCCGCUGCAGCAUCGCCGUCAGGCCCGUCGUCAUCGCACGGCCUUCUAGGAUCGCCUGUGGACAGGCCUUCCGGGCCUCUGUCGAAACGCCAUUCGGGGAUGUUCAUCGGGUUGCCAUCCUCGCCUUCCAUGACGCGCGUCAACGUAAACGCCGGUCGCCCGUCCACCGCUGGAAGCUCUGCUGCCAGCUCGCCCAUCGACCACUACCGCUCGUCGCCAACGUCGAACAUGCAGACGCUCUCGGUGCCCACUGGAGACAACGCCAACCUCAACAAGCGCAAGAGUUUCGACGCCAGCGUCCGCCCGUUGAACGUCCUCCGCCAGGUCGCGAGCAGCGCAUCGCUGAACACGAGCCAGAACGGUGCCCCGACAGACUACAAACGUUCGUACUCGAACAACACGCCUCCUAUCAACACCUCUAGCCUGCGAGGCCGUGAUUCUCCCCGGCCCAACUCUCCCCUCCGUGACUACUUCAACUCUUUCUCGCCCGACCCCUCCGACAGCGACUACCAAGAGUCGCCCAUCUCCCCACCUAAUGGCCGCAACCCGUACGACCACGACGCGUCACGUAACGCUGCAGGACGAGCGCGCUCUGCGUCAUCGAGUGCGUACCUGCCCGAGGCAGGGUCCACACGUGCCCCGCAGCCGCGGCCCACGCUCAACCUCGACCGCAUGCCCGCGCGCUCGACGAGCCUUGGAAUCCCGUCGUCGUUCGAGGCUCUCGAGGCAGUGUCCCCCUCGAACCUUGUUCUUCAGCGCAGCCCGAUUCCCAGCCCAGACCAGCGCAGGCCCCCGGAACUGAACCUCAACGGGAGCAACUUCCGCGCGCGCAAGGGCGAGUGGGACGGGACCCCCGAGAAGAAGCGCGGGAGCGGCGGCUCGGUCCCGCCGUCGCCUGCGCACUUCGUCGACGUCCCGCACGGGAUCGAGAGCGGGACGGACACGGAGUCGGAGCAGGACCACUCGAGCGACGGGCACGUGCCCUCCCGCCCGCCGUCGCUCCCGCCGAAGGAGCUUCCGAGGCGGCCGAACGACCUGCGCGUGGACGUUCCGGGACGGAGCUCGACGCCCGCGUACGGCGGGAGCGAGGGCACGCCCGAGUCGUCGCCGGUGGAGCGCACGUCCGAGUCUUCGCCUGUGGAACGCACGUCCAUCGCGACGUACAUCGCGCCCGCGCUGCCUCCGAUCCGGAUAUCCAUGGGCCCGGGUGACUUCGACGACUACUUCAACAAGGCGGUGGCGGCGGUUUCCACUGCGUCGGGCAAGGAGAAGGAAAAGGACGGAGGCCAGCUCAAGGCCGACGUCAGCCUCACUCCGCCGGACUCGGCUGGCGCGCCGACGACGCCGAAGAGCGACAUUACGGUACUGGGCUCUGCGGACCACUCGACGGACGAGACGCCGGUGAGGCGCGUGGACAGGAACGGCGCGGUGAGCUCGUCGUCGUCGUCAUCCGAGCACGACUACUUCGACAGGCCACGUGGGUCGAUCGACCGGGACCGCGCGCGACUGGAGUCGAACGGUCGCGCUGGGACGCCCCCUCUGAGCAUUGGGCGGCGGGGCGGACAUCAGAGAGUGGACUCGAACGCUUCGCGCGGUGCACCUGUCAAUGGGGCGAACGGGAACGGGCUGGCGCGCAUCACUGUCACUGCGCCGAGCGACAAUGCGGAGGCGUUGCGGUGGCGGCUGCAUGAGGCGGUGACCGCUGCGUCCGAGCGAGGCGCGGCCCAGGUGACGCUUGACGUAGGCUUGGUCCAGAGCCUACUGAAUGUGUUCGACCGGCAGAUGAACGAGUACGCGGGCCUAAAGCAGAGCCUAGAUGGCGUGAAGCGGGCUAGCAAGCAAUACAUGGAUGGCUUGACGGUUGCGCAGACCGAGUACGACCGCGAGCUGAAGGCGCGACGGGAUGCCGAGGCCGAGGUGACACGGUUGCGUGUCCUGUUGUCGGGCCAGGCUGUACGCCUGACCGCGAUCACUGGCGACUCCAAACGCCAGGAGGCGCAGAGGCAGCUUGCACAAGAGAGGACUGACCAGAUGUCCACUCUGGAACGCGACCUCUCCAAGCUAAAGGUCGAACGCGACAUGACACUCGCCGAAGUCGAACAGCUCUCCGCUUCCCGCAGCUCCUCUACCGUUAUUGACAGCGAAGAAGGAGGGGCUUCGUUGACCCGAGGCCUGUCGAUGCGCUUUGAUAACAUCAAGGUCCAGUAUCAGCACGAGCUCAUCCCAUUGAACGAGCAGCGCGAAAGCCUUCAACGCGAAAUCGCGGAGCUUCAAGCUUCGCGAGACGCCAUCUUGGAGGAGACGACCGUGCUCAACAAGCGGAACGAGGAGCUCGCGCAGCUCAACUCACAGUAUCAACGUCGUCUGGAGCAGGGUGGGGUCGCCAAGGAGGAGGGGGUCUUGCAGGAACGCCAGAACAACUCGUUCGAGCGCGCAAGGUCGCCGCCCAUGCUCAAUAACUCCGUAUCGUCCACGACGCUUGCGCUCUCUGAGGAAGGGUCCGACACCAAGUUCAUUAAGAUCACGAAGCCGGAUGUGCAGGACACUCCCGUGCAGCAGCAGGCCAAGCCGCGGUUCAUCAAAUGGCCCGGGUCGAAGGCCCCCAAGGAGAAUAUUGCCCUCACGAAUGGUGUGGACACGGGCAAGGCUAAGUGGCGGACGGAGCACGUCUUCCAGCAAGUGUCCGUGCUGAGGGUUGCGAGGUGCGACCACUGCGGUGAUAAGAUGUGGGGAUCGCAGCUCCGGUGCAAUAACUGUAGCAUUGCGGUGCACACUCGUUGCAUCCAUAAUGUGAACCUGGCGUGCACGCAACAGACACUGGCUUCACGGGACGAGUCACAGGCACCUCUUGCUCCACUGCCACCGUCUAUGUUUGGCCGUGAUCUCAUUGAGCAGGUCCAUGCUGACUCCAAGGAUGAGGAACGAAUGGUUCCUGUCAUUGUCGAGAAAUGUAUCGAUGCUGUGGACAACAUUGCUCUCGAGUAUGAGGGUAUCUACCGCAAGACAGGCGGCUCUGGCCAGUCAAAGAUGAUUACCCAGCUGUUCGAGCGUGGCGAAUACGCGGCAUUCGAUCUUCGCGAUUCAGAUCGUUUUAACGACAUAUGCAGCGUCACCUCCGUGCUUAAGGCAUACUUCCGCGCACUUCCAAACCCGCUCCUGACGUUCGCGCUUCACGACAAGUUCAUAAGCGCAUCUACUAUACGCGAUCCUGUCAUCAAGGCUACCACGUUCACCGACCUCAUUCACGACCUGCCCGCGGAGCAUUAUUACACCCUUAGAGCGCUAAUGCUUCACUUGAACCGGGUAUGUGAACGCAGCGAGCGCAACCUCAUGCAUGCAAGGAAUCUCGGUGUCGUCUUUGGACCAACGCUCAUGCGUUCGCCCGAUCCCGCUGCCGAGUUCAGUGACAUGGCAGGCAAAGCCCUCUGCGUCGAAUGGCUUAUUGAGAACGCGCAGCGAGUCUUCGAUUCACAACUCCCGACGCAGUGAUAAACCUCAGGGUCGUCAUGUCUCUUCAUAUCCCUCAUUAUUACGUAUUUGUUCAUCAUCUCGCAUCUCUCCAUCUCAUGUUCAAUGCACGCUGGUCCAGUGUGGUUGUAUCCCUGUAGAACCUUCACCGCGCAUCGCAUCUUGUACCAAAAGUUCUAUUCCCUCAUUCCCGUUCUUAUUCGGCCUUCUCUAUCUCGUUUACCCCUUACUUGAUUAUUCGCCCAUCACAUGCCAUUUUACUAUGCAUCUCCGUCGGUGGUUUCUCUGCAGUGGAUUGGCAUGGAACGGUACUUGUCGUCUUACGUCUUCCUUGCGCCCGUCUUCCGACGCAUCGCAUUGUUGUUAUUAUCUCCACACCCGCCCUAUGAGCAACAGUAGCCGUGCCCCCUCGUUUACCCUCACCAUAGUAUUCCCUUAGGGCCCACCGAGCCCGAGCCCUCCCCCGCCUAUACGACAUCAGCAUCCCAUGCGUGGCACAGUAUCUAUACCCGAGCUCUUAUCAAU